AUGUCCAGAAAAGGCACCUCUGUCAACUCUUCCCGACCACUUACACAAUUCUCAUUCGCCAUCUUCACCAAACUCCCACCCGAGCUUCAACUUGAGAUUCUUUCUCACUGCCAGCAAAACGACCUCAUCUGCAUGUCCCUUGCAUCACACUCUCUACGCGCCAUGAUGCUUCCACUAAUUCCGGCAAAACCCUCGCUACUUUCCUACGACCAAGUCAACCCUCCAGAGACGAUCAAGUGCGAAUGCGGUGACACUUCAGCAAUCGGGGUGGUCCAAGACAAUUACUGGCAUCGGAGAAAACGCCACGUCUACAAGUACGCCGAGCCCCCGAGAAGAUGCUCAAACUGGACGCCCUGUCGCUCGUAUGCCACCGACCACGCUAUGUGCCGGCGGCAGUGGUGUAGGCACUGCUUGUGUACCACGUGCCCGCUAUAUGCAAGGCUCCGCGAGUCCAUGGGAGAUUUGAGAUACUGUGCCGAUUGCCAAAAGUUUACGAAGCGCCCUCGGACAAAGAAGUAUAAGGGGAGAUGCUUGCAUGGCCGCCCUCGGGUUCGACGGAAUCCAGACAAUCACUGGACGGCCAAAAAGGGAGUGUCGUAUGGAUAUCGCUGGUGGCGAAGAUGGGGCACUUGCGGUGUCGAUGCAUGGGGAUAUCCAGACGGGGACAAAACUGCGGACAUUAGCAGAAGGAGGAAUGCGAGAGUUGUCUAG